AUGUCACCCGUCGCUGUGAGUGUUUUGGGAGACUCGCAGGGGGUCAGGCUGGUCAGUGUGGGCGGCGGACAACAAUCAACUACACAACAAUGGUCGAUUGAACACAGUGUUGCUCACGGCGGAUGGACUACUCAAGAUCUCAAGUGCGCUAUCAGAAACCAAGUGUUCCCUCUUGCUGCGCCUCUGAUCGGGUAUCCCUCCGUGAGAUCCAAUCUGUACCGCCUUCGGAGACAAAGACAGCCUCCAAUGCCACAUUCACUGGCUGAGUUUGCGGCAAUCCUCGAAAGACCAGACUACAGCCACUUGAAGGGGGUGCAUGGUAUAGAGGAUGCUGCGAACUUUUUUCGUGGUCUGAUAGGGGGGCAGGAAGAGGGCUGGACUGCGGCAGUUUUUAUAUCCCCGCGGCUGCAGAAUGACCCCAUGCUGCAACAAAAGACAAGGCUGCAGAUGGAUGCUACGUUUAAGGUGUUGCCACAGGAGCUGAAUGCAUAUCAGCUGUUAACAAUCUACGCUGAGUACAUGCAUGAACUGUUUCCUGUGGCAUACGCCAUAAUGUCAUCUAAAAGCCAAGCAGCCUACGUCGGAGUUCUACGCUACAUCCGAGGGGAGAUCCCGACUUGGAAUCCCCAAAUCAUCCUGUCGGAUUUUGAGACAGCUAUGCGAAAUGCUGCCCAAUUAGUUUGGCCAGAAGCGCAACUGAUUGGCUGUUUUUUUCAUUACGCGCAGGCAAUCUACAGGAUGCACCAGCGGGUGCGAAUGGCACCGCUGAUUAACACCACUGAGGCAAACACCGCCCUGAAACUUAUCAUGGUUUUAGACCUCCUACCAGCGGAAGACAUUUUUGCGGGGGUGGAGGUUACACCACCUAACAAAAAAAAUCAUAAAUGA